AGGGACACCUGCGUGGCCAGGGGGAAGGACCUAAAGAAAAACUAAAAACUAGGGUCUCCUUCACCCGAGCGCUGACGAAAUGCAGACUGGGGCUGAAUGGAAGCGGUGGUAACUUGAACAUAUCAAUCAUAGACAAGGAGACUGAAAGAAUUCACCUACGUAUAACCAGGAAAUGAAACGGGCCAGAUAUGAGAAGACAGACCAAUAAAGGAAACCAGGAAAUAAAAGAAGAAAAAAUAAGUACUCAACGCAUUGAAGGCUGGAGGAAUCAGAAAAAUAACAAGGAUUCGUGAUGUUACAUUUUGUUGCCGGUUCUGUUGGAAAGGGUCAGAAGCACCUGGAAGGAAGUACGUGGAACCCUGAGUAGCAGCCAUAGACACAGCAGCGCAGCAAGUUAUACCUGUUGAAUAUGAAACUGAGCCUGGGGAAGUGUAGUGCUGUACUACAGUAAGCCUGUAUAUUGCUGAACCCCGAUAUUUUUCUGGAAAUUAAUCUUGAACUAAGAAAUUCAACUCAACACUGUGUAAAACGUCAGAUGUCAAAAGUACAACAUGCAAGCGGUUAAAUACUAGAAGUGAGAUGGAAUCCUUGAGGGAAACUCCAAUCCGCAGCAAUUUUAAACCGUUUUGGUGUGCUUGGUUUGAUUCUAUACGGCAGAGUUUCUCCGAUGGCAGUGUACAGUACAUAGCCAUCCCAUCUGAUGCUAGUUUUCUACGUGGAAUAAAACUCCCCGAGCUCCUGGACGUUUAAUGAAAUGCAGAUUAAAAACAUGGGAAACAGGCAACGUCUUUAAUUUUUUUUAAACAAAAGCAAGUGAUAAAGAAUUAAAGUGGGCUCCUGGAUACGGGGUUGCUGCGUACUUGCAAACUUUAGAAUUACUUGUGCUUCCAACUCCAGGUGAGCUUACACGGACACUGAACGUGCAGAAUUUCCAAGGAGUGUCGUUGCAUCCUGCAAAAAUGUUUCUGUUGUGUUGAUGAGUUUUUGAUACCGGCGGACAAUUUCUCCAGAUGUCUGGGCUUUCUGAGAUCAGGGCUGGCCGCUUCCCAGCAAAUCGUUCCCGAAUCCAGCAGAGUAUCUUGGAAGAUCAAAUUGAAUUAUGGUGGUUCCAGGACAUGAAAAGUGCGAUCUUGUGGUACUCCGUGGCGCUGUUCUUGAUUUUAGGGACUGGAAUAGGGGGGAUUGUCUUGAUAUCUACAACCACCAGUAAAUCUGGUGAAUGGAGACUGGGCAUAGGAAUUCUCCUGUGCCUACUAUCUUUAGUUAUUCUCUUUAAACAACUAUUGACCUCUGCCCUCCAGGACAUGAACUGUGUGAGGAACAGGGCUCAUAUCGACAAGUUAAGGAGUGGUGGAUUAAUUGACUAUCUGGUUAUUUCAUUCACUGGAUUCAUAGUACUUACCUGUGGUUAUAUCGUGAUAAUUGAGGCAAAAUCUGAAUAUUACCCUCCAGUUAGAUACUGGAGUGAUAAAUUGAUCGCAGGGGUAGUUCUAACAGUGAUUGGCUCCACCAUUCUGUCUGUACUAUUUUUCUAUGUGUUAAUUUUCAAACUAUAUUCCUAUAUAGUAGCUAGAUCCACAAUCAGAAGGGAGCAGAAUGUUUUUACUAUUUCAGGAAGCAAUGUGAUGGAGAGCCGAACAGAAAUCUCUACCAGUACCUCCAACAUAUUAUAAAAUAGGCAAUGGCUGAGUUCAUUGCAAGAUAACCAAUUGCUCAGACAUUGAGAACACUGUACAGUGAAGGUUAGUUCAUCUCAGCUUCCUAUUCAAUGGUCUGAGAUCAGUUACUGGAUUUUAUUAAUAUGGUGGCACAGUUGUGCAACUAGAACUGCUUCCUUCCAGCUCCAGUGAUGUGAGUUCAUUACUGACCUUAGAAACAUAGAAAACCAACAGCACAACACAGGCCCUUUGGCCCACAAAGCUGUGCCGAACAUGUCCUUACCUUGGAUGCUGUCUGUGUGGAGUAUGCACAUUCUGUCCCUCACACACACUUCACUGGUGUUCCACUUUCUGCCCAAUUCCAAGGGUGUGAAGAUUGACUGACUACUGUAAAUUAUCCCUAGCACAUAGGUGAGUGGUACGGUUUGAGGGAAUUGAUGUCAAUGUGGGGACAAUAAAGUGCGUUUGAUCUAAUAGUGGAGCAUCUCCACCAUGAUAAAACAACACCAACUCCGAUGGACAGGUCAUGAAAUCCAGAUACCUAACUCACAUUCUGCCAAACACACCCUGUACCAUCAGCUGGAGGAAGGCCAGUGAGCCCCUGGUGGGCAAAGGAAACAUGUUAAAAAUAACGUCAAAACCAGCCUGAAGAAACUCACCGUUACAUCUAAAAACCGGGAAGACAUUGCACACAAUGGAUAUACUUGAAAAAAUCUGUUGAAGAGGGAGCUGAGCUACAUGACAGCAACCUCUGCUCUGCUCCAGAGAAUGUGUCAACUGUGAAAGGAAAGGCUGGGAAAAUGAAAGGACCCGAUCACUAAGCUCAGUCAAUCACUUAAUUUUGCCCACACCAUACCAGAAUAUGUGGACCACAGAUCAUCCUCUACAGCCACCUGAGGACCCACCAGUAGGAGAACAUCUUACUCUACUUGAGUGAUUGCACUACUAGGGAUUGACGCAGAGCAGAUUAGUCUAAGGGGGUGCUUGAUAGUCAGCAUAGAAUCAAUGAGCUAAAGGGUCUGUCUAUGUGUUGUAUGGCAGUAUGACUAUUAUUAAUAAUAAGGAGAAUGUUAAAGAAACACUCUAAACUUCAUCGCAUACUUCUGAUGUGACAUUGGGCCCACUUGACUCCCACAACAACCCCAGUAAUCCCAUUUUCCUUUUUUUAUAUUUUUCCCAAUAGCCCAGCAAUUUACUUCCUCUUGUUAAGGGUAACUUAGAGAAGUUAGUUAACUUUCCAGCACGUUACUGGGAGACUGGAACACCUGAUGGUCAUUGGGAUACACUACAAAUUCCACACAACACCCGAGGGCAGGAAUGAACCCAAUUUUUCGCCAUUAUGAGCAGCUGUGAACUUUGCAAUAUAAUCCUGAGCAAAUUCCAAAUACCAGAGCCAUAUACUAUAAAUUGUGAACAAAUUCAAUCAUGUUAAGAUUUAUAUUAAUCGAACCAAAUUAAGAAGUAUAAGCAGUUCUACAAAUUCUUUACUAUAAUUUGUAAUACUUUAAUUCAGAAGUUUGAACUGAAUGCAAAUAUAAAGCUUAAUUAAGGUAAAGUCAGUUAGGUGGUAAUACUGUUACAGACUUUUUCUGAAAUAAAUCAGUUAUCUAGACUUCUGUUUUAAAUCCUUUUUUAAUGCCUUACCACUAUCGGUACACCAAUUAAAAUAAAUCAUUUUGGGGCUUAAUAAGUCUAAUUUGGAUUUUUAUUUUAUACCUCUUUAAGGAUUUGUGUACACAUGAACAGUAGACCAAGAGUGGAUGGAAAAAUAUGUGCUGAGGUGCCGAGCAGAUGUAAGCAAAGAAGUGUUUGGAUUGAAUGAACUCUCUUAUAUUUACAGUAAUCUAAAUUAUGCAAAUAUUGACCUUUAUUACUUAGUUACUGAAAGAUGAUUUCCAAUGUCAUUGCGGUAUCACAUAUGUUUCCCAGGGUGUCAAAGAGGUAGACUUUUAUUGAAGACUGAACCCACUGAUGAUUUUUUUUUCUCCCUGAGCUUCCUGCUGGUUUACAGGAGAAUUCUGCAGACUGCGUUUUCC